CACACACCACCUGAACAUUUUGCGUUGCUGAAUCAUGUUAAACUGCUGAGGAAUGUGAGCGCGCGCCGUGCGCGGGAGUUUCACUGUUACUUUGUAGCGACUCCUGAGAGAAACUCUGAUCUGUUACAUUCCGGCCAAUGAGGGGUCAUGAGCUCUCACGCACGACCUCCCCGUGACCCUGCAGAAGAUGCUCCGGUCCCGCCGUCCACGAUCCUCCUCCUGCUCCAGGAGGCCUCGUACCUCGACCCGCCCGCGGGCGAUGGGAUCAGCAGUUCGGGAGAGAGUCCGGACGCCAGCUCCGGCCCGAAAGAACCCGGGGACUCCGAGUUCAUGGGCUCUUUCUCUAUAGUGCGCGAGUCUGACGGCAGCAGCGCAUGGGAAGUGAUGCGUCUGAUCAACCAGCAGUGCGAGCGGCUCCUGCAGUCCGAAGGCCCGGUGGAUCUCGACCCGUCAGACGCCGUUAUAGAGUCCAAACCUCCCGAGUGUCCGGCUGUGUCCGCCGGCAGCAACGCGUGUUUCUCAGUCUACAGCUCCGAGCCCGCGACGCAUGUGGAGGAAACUAAAAGCGGCGAAGAUCUCGCUGAGCUUAUAAAGACUAGCAUGAGUGACGUCAGUGUAAAGUGUUUGAUGGAAAACAUGGAUGUCGAGUCCAGAGACGAGGGCUUUUCGGAUCGGGGAGAAUCUGUUGUCCGGUUCACAGGAAGUGAUUCUCCUCUUGACUUCACUUCCUGUUUAGUGUCUGAUGCUGAGAGUGCUUGGCUCCCUCUGAACGCCUCUUCUUUUGACCUCAACAAUAAUCUCCGGGGUCCGGAUAAAGAGAUCCACGGCACGCAGGAGGUUCAGACGGCAUCAUGGGACGGUCACAGACGCACGCGGAGGAAACAGCCUCGACCCGCCCGUAGCCCCGACCCGCAGGACCCGGAUGUGCAGGGGGUCACGUUCAGCAUGUGUCCCGAGCUGGACAUCGACACGGAUCAGAGCAGACUCAUCAUCACCUCCAACUACAGCGAGGAGAUCAGACGCUUGAGACGGAGCCGGAGCAGCCGCUGCCGAUCUCUACACACCGGCCAGAGGAGCAGCUCCGAAGAGGAGAGCGACUCCUGCCAGUCCAGGAGUAAGGUGUGUGCGUCGUGCUGUACGAGGAAGACUCCUCUCUGGAGAGACGCUGAAGACGGGACGCCCCUCUGUAACGCCUGUGGGAUCCGAUAUAAGAAGUAUCGCGUGCGCUGUCAGCAGUGCUGGAACAUCCCCAAGAAGGAGGCGAACACCUCGCAGUGUCAGAAGUGUGGAGACGUCCUGAAGCUGAAGGGCUGGUUUACCACAGUCUGGCCGGAUGAAGGACCUGCGCUUGGACGCGACGACACCGCAGUCCUGAUGUGUCCACUAGUCUCUCCCCUGUGAAGGCCUUCCAGACGAGUAGUUUGUUGAGGUCAGUUUGUAGACAAAGUAAACACGUAAAACGCUAGUGCAUGCCGUCAGCGUUUUCACAGGUUCACGUUUUUGAAGUUUGCGCGGAUUUCAAGCCUUGCGUUCUCGAGCCCCAAACGCUGUUGUGUAAAUGAGCGGCCGGAGUGCAUUAAGGGUUUUCUGUUGGAGCGGUGUUGUGUUAGCAGCCCCUAAGUUAAUAAUUAAUGAUCUUUGCAACGGAAGUGAAUCAAUCAAAACUAACUUUAUCUGGACAAUAACUUUAUUCUA